AUGGCAUAUAAAGAAGACAAACGAGAAAAAGUAGAAUUAACCGAAAAAAACAAACCACAGAGCAAUACCCAACGAGAUAAUAUCACGUUGGUAACAGCGUAUUUUUUGCUCCCUCCUUUUCGGAAAGGAAAGAAGUCGAUCAUUGCUAAGAUAUUCAAACAACCAAACUAUCCUGUUCAUUAUCCAAACACUGUAAUACCUGAAUACAAUUGCGUAUCGCAUGCAAAAUUCGAACUACUGAAAUGGAGUAUUGAACAAAACUAUUACCACACCAAAUACUUUAUAUGGAUUGAUAUUGGAUAUUUUCGGAUGCGAGUACAAAACACAUUCGGGUUAUCUCUGCCUCCAGAUUUCGACGAGCGCAAAGUAGUAUUAAGUCAAGUUGAAGAUGUCCAGAACUUUUUGACACUGGAAGAGAUUGUUCAAUACAACCUGAACUGGGUGGCGGGCGGCGCUAUCCUAGGUCGCUAUGAUGUCUUGCGCAAAUUCUGCUUGAAAUAUCUGCUUUUCAUCAAGCAAUCUCUUGAGAUGGGAAUCAUAGGCGCUGAACAACAAAUGCUAUAUGCUAUGUACAGCGACAGUUACAGGAUGCGAAAGGAAGAUAUUCAGAUUUGUAGCGAAGGAUGGUUCUGUUUAGGACACUUAGCGGUGGCCACUUGGCUACAAGAACGAAAUUCAAACAAACUUCGGCGAAAUGUAUAA